GGCUCAGUUCGAGAUGUCUGCCGCAGCUGGAUGAGAAGGGGAAGCCCUGGCCUGAGACGCCUYGCUGAGUCGGACCUGCAGAAAUUGCAGAAGCGAGACCACCCACCACCUGAUUCUCACCUCAAAAACUAUAUUCCUGUCUACUUUCRAGGGGAAGAAGUACUGUACGUUACAGGGCGUGUGAGCGGCAGCCAAAGAGGAAGCAGCUCUGGCUGYUUUGAUUAACAAAUUAAUGAUGUUUUCGGAGGAAGAUUUCUCAGUUGAGCUGGAUGUGACCGGAUAGUAACGAGCRAAGAGAUCAUGAGGCUUGAGCACCGCUGGAUUGUCCUGGUUUGGUCCAUUUGGACCAUCCAGUCCCUCACCAUUGAGGCUGACGAUGAUGAAUGCACAACAGAUCUAAAAGUUCGUCGGAACACAAUUUAUAAAGUGAAUCUUGGACAAGAACUCAGGAUUGAAUGUCCAGUUAAGUUCUGCAACAAUUUACCACCAACAAUCUGCUGGACUAAAGUUAAGAAAGGAGAUAUGUGUCUCAAUGACAACAAUACCAAUCACAUCAAGACAGAAUGGAAAACAUCAAAUCCGUCAGAAGGGAUAUUCUACUUGGUAUUUCAAAGCAUAAUCAGCAGUGAUUCAGGUGAAUAUCAGUGUAAAAGUGGAGGCAGUAUGAGCCAUAUCAUCUACAUCAAUGUUCUCGGCAUGGACACAAACAACACACGUAAACCAGUAACCAAUGACACAAAYGACCAAUCCGAAACUGAACCAGCAGACAGAUUUUUGWUGUAUAUGUACUCUGCUGCUGGGAUUGGUUCCUUCGUCAUCAUAGUGAUUAUUAUUUCUGUGAUAUGCAUGCGAGGGUGUAAAGGGAAGUCAAGAAAAGAGAAWCAAAAAGAAAAUCARUACAUGGAGAUGCCCUUGGGUGAGCGAGCCGUCCCAAACGCCACUGGGAUCCAGCACUCACCAAGAGGAAGCCCCAACCCGCUGCCACCUCGCAGGCCCAGUGGGAGAAAAACCACAGGRCAACCURCGGAGCUGACACCAUCCAGAGACAACCAGCCGCCUCACGGCCAGAGGACACGAGACAGAAACAGGAAUGGGGCGCAGGCGGAGGAAGCAGGUUCUGUUGUGUAUGCUGCUCUCAACCAUGCACCCCCACAGAGGGAGGCUCCCCGGCCACAGAGGGAGAUAGAGGAGACAGAGUACGCAGCUAUACGUUUGGUUUGAAGACUGAGAGUCUGCUGGAAUAAAUCACACUAGAGGAAUAAAGUUUGAAUCUGGAUCUKCCUCUCCAGAGGAGCACAGGAGGGAUUCCUCACAGCAAGGAUUCUGGAAUCAAACAACUCAAAUCAUGACUUCCUUUACCGUUCGGAAACACUGAUCUUACARCAGAACAUGCUGACAGAUUUGCUCAAGCAUAAAUCAUCAUCGGCAUCACAAACUGGAYGUGUGGUUUCUACUGUUCUGUUUGGGAUGGAAAAUGUUCCAGCUGAAAUCAAGAACCUCAGCGUCACUGCAGGCGGUAGCCUACGGAGUAAAAAGCAMGUUUCACAUCCUUCAUAUGUAAAACCAAACUGAAAUGAA